UGUCCAUGUAUCAGUAACUAGCAGACCCUGACAUGCUACGCAUGUUUUUUGUGAGGAAUUCGACAGAAUGAGAGAUACGUCCGACAAUGCACCUUUCCCUCGUCAUGUCCACCGAUCAGAUCCCCAUGAAUAAACUUGAUAUUCUCUCCAACAUUAUCCUAAUUUGACAAUAAAAUAAAUUCGUUGUAUCACACUUACUUGUUUUAUCACCUUGUCAAACACCAGGAAAACUUCAUACUUGCUUUCCCUGACCACCCAUACUUUUGAAAGAACUUCACAUGUACUCAUUUUUUAUUGGUACUAAAAAUAUUGCAAUUGGACUUUCUUGGGUUUGAGCAGAAACCAUUUCGAUUUUCUAGUGGCUUCAUGUAAACUCAUAGCAUUGCUUCGGCUUCGUGAAUUUUUUCAAUUUCAUGCGAUCAACACCCUCAUACCUGUCCAUCCUUUCCAUCAAUUAAAAUUACUAGUUUCCUUUUCGUCUUCAGGGUCAAGGGCCUCUGUUGAUUCAGGAACACCUGUUGUAGAGGUCAGAGGGAAGAAGCUGACAUAGUCUAAACGAAUUUGAGGACGAAUCAUUUGACCUGUCAAAUAUCUAAUCACGAAAGAGCAAGAGCUGAUCCCUUUGUACGAUCUAGAGAAGAUCGUGCUCACGAACACCGGGGCUUUGUCAAAAACAAGCACUACACUAGAAAGUUUGUUCAGAUAAAGAGCAUCAGAACAAAAAAAGAUCAACAGUAACAUCACAUUUGCGACUCCUAUCAUCUAGAACUGAUUGACAAGUAAGCGCAGAGGAGCGAUGCCUGUUCUUUGAUGCAUUCGUGAUGUGGUUUCUUCAGUCGCGGUAUUUCAAGCAACCGUCUUUAACCACUCCCGAUCGACCCAGUACUAAGAACGCUAGCUCCACUCCAGCCUCCGGCAACAACUACCGCAAAAGAGACGUCGUCACAGGAUCCCGCACUGCGCAAGGAGCCUCGUCUAGCACUUAUGACUUUGAACAAUUCUUGGUCCGUACUGCGAUGUCGUGAAAACAAACGCACAAGCACAAACAAAGAUAGGUCGUAGCAAUAGUAGAUCAGCCUAGAAGUAGAUGAGUACGAUAUUCUGCUCGAAUCAAUUUUUUUGGCGCAGCCACCUCUUCUAAUACCUGUCCCCGUCGAAACAGCCACGGAACGUUGGCGCUAAGUCCCCCAGUCGAACCCGUCUGCCGUCUGCGUCACCGCGUCGGUCACCGAGCGUAAACUCGCCAAAGAACCGUCGUGAGCUUCUCCAGAAGAGCCGUUCUGCCGCUGCCGUGACCAUCAACGCUAACAACACGUCUGUACAGCAGUACAGUCUGGUUGGCGGCGCUCCCGCGGGUCGGAGAGAAGACAAUUUGCAGAAUCCUUCUGACGCCUACGCUCUGCAGCAACUGACACGUCCGGGAAGCAGCAGCGCAUCGCCUUCGAAGCGCAACAAAGGUAAUACGACGGCUUCAUCUUCUGGUUCCGCAGCAGCAGCACCUUCAGGAGGCGCGGUGAGCACGUCGAAUAUCAUCGUCACUGGUGGAGCGACUAGCAGCACUUCUAACAUGAUGAUUCGAGGACCAACAGGAACAUGGGCAGCGCCGUCGCUAAGUCGAGGCAAGCGCACGAUCUCCAAUGCGACGAGCGACAACACGUCCACUAAGGCCACGUCAAAAGAGAGCAAUCAGAGCGAUGGACUCUUGCAGCACAUGGCGCAGCAAGCCGUGGCCCAGCAGGCCGCUCAGCAAGCCGCGCAUUACCAGCAGCAGGAGCAAGUACACCUGCAGCCACAGGUGCCGCAUCAGUCGCAUCCGGGACUAAUGGGCGCCGGCUCUUCUAGCACGGCAAUGCAACAGCAGCAAUUGCAUCAUCAGCAAAUGCAGCAGCAACAGAUGCAGGCGCAGAUACAGCAACAACAGGUGCAAGCUCAGAUACAGCAGCAACAAAUGCAGGCGCAACUCCAACAGCAGCAGCAGCAGCUGGCCCAUCAACAGCAAAUGCAGCAGCAGAACGCUGCAGCAGCACAGCCGAUGACUGGCGUUGUACAGGAAGGGGAUGAGGAACAGGAGCUCCCCGAUUUGGGAACCUCGCGGUUCGAGCUCCGCCAGUUUCUGGGAUCCGGUGGUGAGGGCGUCGUCUACGAAGCGUACGACUUCGUCAAUCAAGCUCCUUGUGCCCUCAAAGUCGGUAACAAGACCGCACAGCGCAACAAGGGCUUCGAAAAAGAGUACGCGAUCUACUCGCACUGUGUCAAACACCGAGUGGAAUCGAUCCCACGCCUUUUCGACACGCGGAUAGCAGCUCUCAGCCCGAAUGGCCACCUCGUAGACCAGAAUACCAAGCCGGACUACCUGGCUCUAGAACUCAUGGGACCCAGCAUCCGCAUGAUGCUCCAGGCAGUCUUGUCCCAUCGGGCGCACCAGGCGGAUCAGGGCAUUCCGGUAUUUCCACGAUGUCUACUUCAAUUUGUAUUAUCAUUUAUAUCGAUGUGGUACAUUAACUUUAAGAGAUCAGCUAUGGACGUUAAGAAUAUUGUCGUGAGUAAAAAUAAUGCGUGCAGCACCACUCUACUUGCCGCAUUUGGUUGCUAAAAACAGAAAACUCGGAUCUCAUUCUCAGGUGCCUCGCAGCAGUACUAUGGAAUUGCGCAGUAUCUACGUUAUCGCAGAAAAGAUGCUCGAAACACUUGAGCAAUUGCACCGAGUGAAGGUACUAGGAUUUCUUGCCACAGCCUGAAGAAUGUGAAUAUCGCUGUUGUCAGAACUCUAACUGGUUUUUGGUGCUUGUUGUAUUUGAUUGGAGUCUAGGAACAAGAAAGUAAUUGUGUAUUAAUUUCAAAUCCAAGAUGACUACUCCAUUUUCGUAGGUCCUCCAUCACGACGUGAAGCCGCAGAACGUGGUCUUCCGAGACCGAAAUCGUAGUUUGGAGACUGAUGUGGUCACGGACAAGGACCAACUCGCUCUUAUCGACUUGGGAAUGUCGUAUUUUGUCGCUGAGAACACCAAACCGAAACGUCAUUGCCGAUUCUGCGGUUCCAUGGAUUACUCGAGCAGAGCUAGCAGGUAUGUUCCUCUUCUAGUAGGCUUAAGCUAGCGUGGUUGACAGGUGAUCGUGCCGUUUCAGUGCCAGUGCCUCUUUGAUGACUUCGCCAAACAUGAUCAUGAAGAUGAAGCUAAAAAAAGAUUGAUAUAAUGUUAUGAAACACGACUGUGAAUCAUGUUAUUUUCACCCUCUAUGAUUAUGAUCCUUAGGUACCGUUGCCAACCUAGUCGACGAGAUGACUUGGAGUCUUUGGGAUACCUCCUUCUCUGGCUCAUUAUGGGCAACCGAAGCUUCAAAGCUUGGCGUUCAGCUGUGUUGGAGCCCUAUUGGGAGAUGCUGUCCGUGCUGUUUGAGGAUAGGGUAACAAUGGUCUCAACAUUUACUUACUGGAAUAGUUACAAAUACCAUUUGAUGUAUCUAUAACUGUAUCCGAUUCGUUUGAUUCCUUGAAAUUCAUGCUUUCAUCGAUCAACUGAAACGCAUCCCCCGUAUAUCAGCCUGAUAUCAGCGAGAUCAUGUCGAAUCCGUCGCGUAACGGAGCGCCGUACUCAGCCGCCCUGGCUCGCACGAACGACGACACGAAAGUCUUUAUUCGUAGGUCUGCUGUUCAAAACUGCAAGAAGCCGGACAAAAAGUGCGAUCUCGGCCUCUUCUCGACGACGAUGACCACCCGGCCAGACGAUAUCAUCGAGGGAAACUUUCCGAAGCUCAAUAGAGAAAAGGUAUAUUUUGCAUGCUUCGCCAUCUUCAUCCACUAUAAUUACGGAACGCCAUAAACGUGAAUUGACAUUUAUGAAAGCUGCAUGACGGGUCAAUUCGAUAUCUAAAGGAUCCCCAGAGAAAAUUUUGUACUUCGUGCCAACUAAUCAGGUCCCAGAGAAAAUUCUGUACUUCGUGCUGUAUUGCCAGACGCUAGGAUUCGCAGAGAUACCGAAUUAUGCUGGUAUGAAGGCCCUCUUUCACCGACCGAGCCAUACCGAAGGACAGGAAUUGACGAUUGCAGCAUCCAAUGCCGAGCCGGUUCCUGAAUGGAUCAUGUCACGCAUGGUGACACACUCGCUCGUGAAGGAAAGCCCGAUGCCGCAGCAUGUAGAAUUCAUUUCUUUGCCAAAUAGAAAUACAACCAUGCACUUGUUGAUCAUCGGUUCAUUUUGGAGAAAGUAACUCAGUGUAGAUACAACUUCUUGGAAAUUCUCCUGAUUUUUUUAGUUUCGGUGUGCUGGUUCCUUGUCCAGGAAUCAGGGUUCUCCAAUUUGGUUAUAGGUGGACGCUAUAACCUGGAGACGGGAGGAAAGCCUGCAUGAGGUGCUUAUGGGCUUUCCCCUGACCUCACCUAUCCCCAUUCAAGGGGAUACACUAUCCUGAUUGCGCCGCUUGUAAAACUGAUAUCUUUUAGCACUUAAUCCCUCUCCCAUCUUAAUAUUAAUGCCUCACAUAAUUGACCUUGCAUUUAUUUAAGUGCCGUGUCUUUUUUUCUCCUCAUCCAACAACACCUUUAGGGAAUGAACACAACAUAAAAAUGUCCUCAUGCAGUGCAAAAGCGGAAGGAAAAGAGCUCUGAGUUCUCUCAAGAUGCAAAAGAUCUUUUGUUUUUUGUUACUUAGAAAAAACGUUCCUUGAAUUCUAAGGCUCUCUAGAUAGAUACGUGAGGUACUUAUUCACAUUUCACAAUCAACCCCAUAAUUACAGGCUACUUCUUCUGCCUCGUCGAGUAUGGCCGAUGGAAGCAGCUUUCUGCGAGACAGUCCGUUCUCGUUGAGCAAGAGCUACCAUCAGGCUAGCGUUGCGGUGCACCAGCAGCAGCUUAGCAUGCACCUCAAUCAGCAACAGCAGAUGCAGUACAACAACAACAUCAGUAUGGGAACAAGCAACAAUAAUCUGUUGAACGGCGCGAGCAGCAACAAUUUGUUGCCUACGGGAGGCAGCUUUCUGGGCGGCCAGCAAUCUACCAUGAGUGUUGCGCAAUCCUGCCGACAGACCGGUGACGAGUGCCAGCUCACGACGACUCCGCAACGCAACCCGUACGUGAAAUUCGUAUCACCGUUGGAUGACGAGACUUUCACUCUAGGCGAUCCUCAUUCAGGCAUGAAGCCAAGCCGACUCAUGACAGACGAUACCCCGCAGCCGUUGGUAUUUAAUUUUUUUCUUGGGUUUACACACUUUCUCUUGUUACUUCUUUGUAUGAUUCUUUCAUACACACCAACCAUUUUCCAACAAAAUAUCGAAGAUCAUCUCGUUCACAUUUUUCCAACCAUUUCUAUAUUAUAACCAGGUGAAGCAGCAAAACUUCAUCCUUGGAUCUUCGCCGGCAGCAAAGAAGACGUUUCUAUCGACGCGCGCGUAGGAGACAAAACUAAGUAGGAAUGUUUGAAAAUGAAAUCCGACACCACGCGUGGUGAUUGGUGGAGGUGAUUAAUGCUAAACAUAUUCUUCUCAUCGAGAAGCAGGCUUCAAACUUUCUUUUCAUAAUCAAUGUGGGUCAAUGUCAUCGUCAUGUUAAAAAUUGUCGCAUAGUCGUUCCCGUUCGGUCAAAUAAUGGAUAGAAUAAAAUAAGUAGGGUAGUUGCUGGCAUAUGUAGAAAGUUGGGGCUUGCUUUCGGCUUGGAGAGCGGAGUGCAUGUUCUGCUCCUGAGGCUCAUGCUGUCACAAAUUAUGCUUGUCGAGAGCCUAGAUGGCCGUUUGCGACAGGCAUCACGGGAUAAAGCGCAUACGGAAUGGUAAGCUCCUCAAUUGGAUGUGUCGAUAUUUUUUUCUUUUACUGAAAUCUACAACUUGGUGUCUUGUAUCUAUCGAAGGAACAAAAGCUAGUAUUGUUACUGUAUUCUUAUAUAUCUAGAUGAAUUAAAAAUAUCAACUGAACGAACAUCAUUCAAAUUCAAUUUACUACUAUCAUAGCAUGGAAACAGGUCUAUUUACACUUAUAUUUAUUGUCCUUGAGGCAAUCAGUUAACCAUAUUUGCAUCUUUCAACAUCAAUCAAUUCAUUUAUCCAGUAUGUGUUAUUUCCUAACAUCAAGAAGAAAAUGAAGAGUAGUACGUGAACCCGUCGCUAACAGUUUCUGUUCUUAAAGAUAAAGGUUUCUCCGUAGUGACCAGAGGUGUGUACGUGACUAAUAGGUACGUUGUUUGCAUUUGAAUAAAAUGAAAUGUACUUACUUACGACUAUGAUUUAGAUUACUUGUAGUUAGGGUCUUAUUUGUCUAUCAUCUUUGAAUAUCUAUGUUUGGGUUUUUCGUGAUUGUAUCUUUGUACAGAAGAAGCUACAGACGUGAAUAGGAGCAAGAAGUGGUGUUUUUUCGGGCCAACGGAGAUGCAUGUCACUGUCAGUUGUAUUAUCCGAGGCGAAACAAGAGACCUUCAAAAUACGAAGGUCAUUAGCAGUACCGAAUUUCGUAGGAGAAGACCGAACUAUUGUACAGAGGCAUAGAACAACAACAACUUGAGGUGUUUGCAGGCAGCUCGAGAUGGAUGAACAUGAAAGGACGGACCGGAAAUAAAUGGCAUCAGUUCGUUAUCACUCACCCAGACUCGUCUCAGAAAAUUCUUGAUUGUAUCUAUGUUGUUGAUUUGAUGGUGGUUAGCAGAAAAUAUAAGAUUAUUCAAUUAUUCUAAAAAAUCGAUCUGCAUGUUUGCAAACGGCGCUUCGGCUUCGUUUGAUUGUGGAUGAAAUAAAAAUGACAUAAUCUCCGUACGUUCUUCUAAUUAUCGCACUAGUACUACAUAUAAUCGCAUAUUAGUGAAAUAGAUUAAGAUUAUCAUGACCAAACUCAUCGGAGUUUAUUGAGUUCAACAUUCCUGUACAACAAAAAAUAUCAUUAUUUGGGAA